UCAGAAAUGGGUGAUUUAAAAGACGAUCUGAAGUCGGCAGCAAGUUUAUUAAAAUCCGGUGAAAACGAAAAAGUUAUAGAACUUCUUAAUAAAUACACAGAAUCGUCAGAUUAUCGGGUGUUUUGUUUUAUUGCACUGGCCUACUCGAAUAAUGCAGAUUUCACGAAUAGCUAUAAAAUGUACCGAAAAGCUGUCGACAUCGACGAAUCCAAUCCGAUGGCGUGGAAAGGACUUUUCAAGUUGUUCGAAGUCGAAUCAUGCACCCCGCCUGAUCAGUUUUCUAUUCGAAUUUGUGAAUUUAUGCAAAACCAAGGAGAAGAGAAAAAAGAACAAGCUGCUCAAGCUCGGCGGAGAAUUUCUGUAGAAUUGAAGUUGUGGCCGGAAAUUCUCGAAAACUUUGAUGUUCUGAAUUUCAACACAGAUUCUCUGAAUCUCCGGAAGAUUAUUCAAGAUCUCAGUUCUACAGGCGAAACUGCGCAAAUGCUCCUAGAAAAAUCAUUUCAAGCGCUGGAAAAAUUGAAUAUGCUGGAAAACGAUGAGAGCUCGAUGAUGGCUUAUUGUAAAUUCACAAAAUCAAUGGAUUCAGUUAUUCAGCUUGUUAAUCAACACAAAGACGCUGUUAAAGACGAUUGGGUGCAGAGAAAAUUGCUCGAAAAUUCGUGCAAAGAGUUUUUCGAAACGAAGAAAUUCCCCGAUUUUGUUAGACUCGUUUCAUGUGCAUCAUCAUCAACUAUGGAUGUUCUUACCGCGUUGAAAGAAAACGAUAUACCAUCAGCACUUGAAGCAUUGGAAUGUGUAACAGAUCACUCAGUAUAUCCGGAUUGUCUUCUGUACGUAGGAUUGCUGGCGGAAGUUGAAAACUGGGAAGCUGUGGAGAAAUUGUCCCGUUCGAUCAUGCAAAUUCAGCCAUCUUCUACCUGUGACGGAUGGAUUGCUAGAGCCGUUCUCGAGAUUAAUCCAGAAUCCUUCGAAAAGCUGAAUAAUCUUGGAGCUCUACCAAAUCCAGAGUUUGCAGUGGAAAACUUGAAAUUAGCAUUCUUUUCUGGAAAUAAUGAGAAAAUCGAUAAACUCUUAAGCCUGUAUGAGGCUAACACUGAAAUUGGCAUCAUCUUACGACUUGUCAAUGUGCUGCUCUCCAAGGAAUCUGUUUCUCAGGAACAUGUGGAACUUGCCGAGCAACUUUCAAAAGAAUCCAGCCGAGAACUGGUGCUCGCCGCUGAAAUUCGGCUCCGAGCGGGUCUCGACGCGAACACUCUACUAGUGAAAGCUGCCAAGCUGAAUGUUCGGUGUAGCCGAGCAUUCUUUCUUCUGGGCAACAGCAUCGCGAAGAAAAAUCUCACGAAAGCGAAAUCUCUUCUCGAGCGGACAAUUCAAAUUCGGCCAGGAAACGAAGAGUACACACGGGCUCUAUAUGAAGUUCUCUCGAUGAAAAAUGCGUCAGCUGAAGCACGUGUGGAAGUUCUCAAAAGUUUUAUGUCGACACGAAGAAGCCGACAAAAACCAUUUUGGCUCGCCGAUGCUCUUUCGACAAUUUAUCUGGAAAUGAACAAUAUUUCCGACGCCAUCGACGAACUUCAACAAAUGGUCCGUCUCCACAAGGAAAAUAAAUCAGUUUGGGCUCGUCUUGCGGAUGCAUACACACGAAAAGGCCAUCUUCGGGCCGCCGUGAGCUCGUACGCUGAACUCGCUGAUAUGGAUGGGUGCCAUGAAUUUACUAUUUCGAUCACACGAGUUCUGAUCCAGCUGCGAGAAUACGAUGAAGCCCUCGAAAAACUCGCCGAGUUCCGUCAAAGAAUUGCCGAACAGAAUCUGGAGUGUUGUUCAGAGACUUCAAUCGUGCUAGACUUUACUGAAGCUGAAAUUCGACUAAAUCUACAUGAAACCACAAAUGGAGAGCACAAAUUUGUACAUCUGAAAGAGGCUUUAAGGCUUCUGACACGUUGUAUUGAUGAAGAAGGAAGCUCAAAGUAUUCGAUUGUUUUUAAGCAUCUUGGAGAUGUACUUUUAACAAUUUCAAAGUAUGCAGAAAGAGUUAUUCCUUUAUUUGAAAUUGAGGAAAAAUGGAAGGUCACCACGCCACUGGAAUGCGUUACAAAAUCUGCCUCCUUCUACAUGGCAGUUCUACGAUUCCAGAACAACGAUGCUCUGGCGUGGUACGAUGUUUCUGUGGCUCUUCUAGCACAGUUCAAAUUGGAAAAAGUCCCAGAAAUUUUGACAAAAGUGCAACGAAUGCUCCAACAUGCUCUCUCGCUCACAAGUGUCGAGUCACUUCUCUCAUCAAUUUGGACACUUCUAGCAGAAGCCAAACGACUUGCUGAGCAACCGGCGAGCCAUCAACUUCACUGUCUAUCGAGAGCUCUUCAAUUAAAUAAAGCGAAUGAUUCUGCAUGGUUGAAAGUGGCGGUUCUUUGUCUUGAAAUGGGAAUGAUAAAUGAGUCGUCACGAGUUCUCGAGCAAACCAUCAAAUAUAAUCCACAAAAUGCAGAUGCUUGGUGCACCUGGGCACAGACUGCUCAUCUACAGGGUGAUGCUCACGAGGCUCUUGCCAUGUUCCGACAGGCUCUUUUUGUUCGUCCAACGCCUGCAGCGGUUGUUGGAUAUUCUACGUACCUUUGUGAUAGUUUGAAGAAAAAGCCAGCCCGAUUUGAUUCAGCAACUGCCGCUCUGGACUUUGAAUCAAUUAUCGACUUGAAGGAUCUUGCAUCAGCAGAUGAAAAAGUUCUAUAUCACCUCGGCCUGCUUGCCGAUCUAUUCGGAUGGUAUCCACAAUCACUAGAAUGCUUUGAAAUAUGUGGAAAAUUGAAUGUGACUAGUGAAAUUGAACUUGCCAAGAUCAAAUCGAGCAUCCUGUAUCCCGACGAACAUUUGAAUAAAAUUAAGAAAACUACACCUGCAAACUCUCGAAUCGGUGGAAUGAUGAACCUCGGCAGGGAUGAUUGUUUCGCUUUUUUGACAGCUGAAAUGGAUGUAUACAGAGAUCUUUAUCGAUUUAUCGAACAAGAUGAUGCCGUCGCGUUCAGAAAACUCUAUUUGGGAUGUGUCAAGGGAAUUUCGGUGCCGCUUUUCAUUUCUGGACUCAUCAUUCGUAAAGUUAAUCUCUCAACUGAAUUCAUUCGAGCUAUCCAUGAUGCACUGCCACGUCAUGAACUCGUCGACUAUUUUCCUACCGUACUACCCGAAGGAAUGGACAACGGAUUACGUCAUUUGGAGCAAGAUGGAGAAGAGCCAUUUAGAUAUAGUCAUCGAUCUGCUCACCGCCUGCUAGAUGAGCUGAAACGACUGCGCACUGAAGUUGAAGAGGAAAAUGCGACGAAAAUUGCAACCUCAAAUGAAGAAGAAACUGUCGAGUAAAUAGUUGUUAAUUAUUUAUUUUCUUGGUUUUUUGAUUUAGUUUUUUUUUUGUAUAAUUUAUUUGAUUCUCCCCGUAAUAUUUCAUAUUUCACGAGUUAUUUAAUUUUCCUGAAACCGGUGAAAAAUAUAUAUUCAACUUUUUUCUU